GAUGUGAUCCGUAGUUGAAUUACUUCAGCCUUGUUGAGAUGUGCCUGUAGUAACGUGGUGUCUCUUUAAAGGAAGGGGGAGUGUAGAAGAGGGACAGAGGAAAGAGAUGAAUAGAAGGCACCAGAACCACCUACCAUGACCAAGUGCGCUGUAAAUGUAGGACAGAAAUUCGAGUGGAAUACAAACGGAUCGUCGAGCGACAUUUUCGGGGGAAAACCAUGUUUGGAUGUGCCUUACCUGAUCGCAGUCGUUUCGAACAUGGCACCGCACGCGACCACCACAGGAACACGGGGAAACUAUUUUUCCUCCCAAAUAUUUCGUGCAUUCUGAAACGGAAAAGAAGAGUGGCAGGAAAAUACGUCCCUGUGGUACCUUUCUCCGAUUAUCAAUGGUAGGCAUUGCGUAAUUCAGCCGUGUCCACCGGAGCCGCUCGGUUCCUCCUCUCUGGGAAGAAGGAGACGCUAGGAAAAAAAAAACAAAAUAACAAAUAAUAGAAUAAAAUAAUCCAGCGGUUGCCUGCAGUUGUUCGGCUGUGCCCUUUUCUCUGUCAGGAAGGACUUGUAGACAGUAGCGGGGGAACAAGCGGGGGAAGGAUGCAUUUGAGGCUGGAUGUGUGCUGCAUUCAGGGAGAUUCGGCAGUAGCGGCGGCUCGAGCAGAGAGAACGGCGAGUGCGGCGGCGGCGGCGGCGGCGGGCCUGGGAAGCACCCAGCCCCACUAUCUCCUCCUUUUCCUCCCCCCCUGCAGGACCAUGCUUGCGUGAGGGAUGAGGCUGUGCACAGGGACACCAGGCCAGAGCUGCGGCCUACUUCUCACAAGAGCCGGUCUCUCGACUGCAGGAUCCGUGAACACAUUGCCACCAUCAAAUCAGCAUCUUUGGGCAUCAGGUAGAUCCAGGAGCAUGAGCAGGACUUUGAGCUGCGGGAGCAGAUGUCUGGGUAUAAGCGCAUGCGGCGACAGCACCAGAAGCAGCUGAUCGCCCUGGAGAACAGGCUAAAGGCCGAGAUGGAUGAGCAUAGGCUCCGGCUGCAGAAGGAAUUAGAGACACAUGCAAAUAACACUUACAUUGAGCUGGAAAGACUGGCAAAGCGCCACGCUGCCCAGACAGACAAAGAGAUGAAGUCAGUUGCAGCAGAAGAAAGGAGGAUCCAGCAACAGAUCGUUGCUCAGCAAAAGAAAGAGUUGACCUCUUUUUUAGAGAACCAGAAAAAGGAAUACAGACAUUGCAAAGACAAGAUCAAGGAAGAGAUGAGUGAGGACCCUUGUACACCCAAGGAGGAGAAGCAGGAGCGUCUGUCCAGGCACAAAGAAACAAUGCAGCGCUCCCAAGCUGAGGAGGAGGCUCACCUGCUGGCCCAGCAGAGGCUGGUCUACGACCGGAGCUGCAGGGCCCUCAAACGCCGGAGUGUGGUCAAAAGACACGAGUUCGAACAGGAGCAACUGAGAGAGGAACUGAACAAGAAGCGGACGCAGAAAGAGAUGGAGCAUGCCCUGAUGAUCCGGCAGGACGAGUCCACCCAGGACUUGGAGCGCAGGCAGCUGCAAAUGCUGCAGAAGCUGCGUGUGGAGCUCAUGCGGCUGCAGCACCAAACGGAGCUGGAAAACCAGGAGGAGUACAACGGCCGGCGACAAAGAGAACUGCACAGGAAACACACUCUGGAGUGCCGGCAGCAGCCCAGAAACCUCAAGAUGCUGGAGAUGCAGAUCAAGAAGCAGUUCCAGGACACUUGCAAGGUGCAGAACAAACAGUACAAAGCUCUCAGAAACCAUCAGCUGGAGGUGUCUCCCAAAGGCGACCACAAGAGCAUCCUGAAGGGCCUGAAAGAGGAGCAGACGCGCAAGCUGGCCGUGCUGGCCGAGCAGUAUGAGCAGAGCAUCAACGAGAUGAUGGCGUCACAAGCGAUGCGACUAGAAGCGGAGCAGGAGACGGAGUGCCAGGCCCUGAAGCAGCAGCUGAAGCAGGAGAUGGAGCUCCUGGACGCCUACCAGAGAAAAACCAAGUCACAGAUGGAGACCCAACACGAGCGAGAGCAGCAGAAACUUGAGCAGAAGGUCUCCAUACGGAGAGCGCACCUUGAACAGAAGAUUGAAGAGGAACUGGCCGCACUUCAGAAGGAACGCACCGAACGGAUCAAGCACCUGUUGGAGCGCCAGGACAGAGAAAUGAACACUUUUGACACAGAAAGUAGAAGCCUCGGCUUUGGAAGCCUGGGAUCUAUGGACUUCCCCAAAGAAGACAACAGAUGAAAGUGGAU